AUGCUCCCGGCGGUAGGGACACCGACCCCCGUGGCCCCUACGAAGCCUAGGGGUAGGAUACACCCGGCUUUCUAUGUGGUGUGAGUGCACCCCUGCUUAUGCGGGACAUCUGAGACAUGUCUAAUAUUUUUUUAAUUUUUUCUGCUUGCAGCUUGUGGAUUUCUCUGAGUUCCGCUGUCAUCAUAUUUAACAAGUGGAUUUUAGAUCCUAAAACCACAAACUUCCGUAUGAAAAAUCCUUGAGCAGCCGUUGCCGUUGUGUUGGGUAAUUGCUGAUCUCCCGUAUCAUACCCAGGUUUUCGUACGACUCCAGCCCCCUCAUCGAUCACAUCUUUGCUACCCCUCAUACCUGUAAUUGAGAUUGAACUGAUAUUGGCUUUAGCAAUAUUCUUAACAACAUGGCAUCUCUUAUUUUCCUCCAUCACAACUCAGAUUCUCGCGAGGACAAGCACCUUGCUCGAUGGCCGGAAGACGGUCAAAAUGACCGGGAAGGUCUACUUGCGCGCUAUUUGUCCAAUUGGCCUGUUCUUCAGCUUGAGUUUGAUCUGUAGCAACAAGGCAUAUCUGUAUCUGAGCGUAUCAUUUAUCCAGAUGCUGAAAGUAAAAACUCCUCCCCGCAUUGCCCCGGGGUCGACCGUUAACCUUUUCGUGUCAGGCGACCACACCUAUAGCAGUGCUUAUCGCCUCUUGGGGACUACGUGUUGGGAGUCCGGAUUUAGGUAUCCUGAAGAAGGUUACCCUUAUUGUGAUUGGAGUCAUGAUUGCUUCUUACGGCGAAAUCCUCUUCAAUGCCAGCGGAUUCAUCUUCCAGGUCUUCGGAAUUGGAUUUGAGGCGGUCCGACUUGUCAUGGUUCAGAGGCUGCUCUCCUCAGCGGAGUUUAAGAUGGAUCCGCUAGUUUCGCUGUACUACUUUGCACCAAUCUGUGCAGUGAUGAAUUUCGUUCUGUUCUUAGUAUUCGAGAGCGGCUCCUUGGGGGUAUCAGAACUGUUGCGGGUUGGGUGGCUUACCUUUCUCUUGAAUGCUCUUGUGGCGUUCGGUUUGAAUGUCUCGGUGGUGUUUUUGAUCGGGAAAACGUCCUCACUAGUCCUUACCCUUUGUGGUGUUUUGAAGGAUAUUUUGCUCGUCUGUGCUUCGAUGAUCAUCUGGGGAAAUCCCGUUACUAUCCUUCAAUUUUUUGGUUAUGGUAUCGCCCUUUCUGGUCUCUUGUAUUACAAACUGGGUGCCGAAAAGAUCAGCGAGCAAUUUGCACAUCUACGAGGGUUGGGAUCAAGGCUCUGCGCACGAAGUCCGACAAAUCGCCGGCUGGGAAUUGGUGCUGCUUCGCUUUUUAUGGUGGUGAUUUUGGGAACAAUUUAUCGCGGUCAGUAUCCUGCUCGGGAUACCGUGCCUGUGGGUGCACAGACCUCUCCUAGCCCCUCUAGGGUUAUUCCCAACAACAGUGUCUCUAGGAGCAGGCUUGAUAUUGUCAUCAGUAUGUUCAAGGAGAAUACCCAAUCAGUUCACGAUCAGGUUGAGGAAAUCCUUAGCCUUCCACAGCUUUCAAAUUUAGAGACGAAGGUGGUAGUGUACAGCAUGGACAAGGCAGCCGACUUGGUAUCUUUAGCUAAGGAAACCGGUGCGGAUGCUCUAGAGCAUAUCCCCAAUGUCGGUCGAGAGACUGGAGCCUAUCUCAGCCAUAUCUUGAGACACUGGGAAAAUCUUGCAGAUCAUACCCUUUUCUUUCAUCCAGAAAUCGAGGACUUUGGUCAUGUAAAGGCUCGGAUUGAAGAUUUUUUCCUCCCGUCUACCGGUAUGCUUUCUCUCGGGGUUGGCCAUGCGGAAUGUUCCUGCAGUGAAUGCCGUGACCCUUGGGCACCGGAGCAUACCUGGACCCGGGUGCCUCAGAUCUUCUCAGCAGUUUACGGAGAAAUAUGUCCAAGCACCAAUAUCCUUCUAUCAUACGGCUCACGGUUUAUCGUCUCUUCAAAAAGGAUUAAGGGGACGGAUAAACGUAUCUACCAACACUUGAAGGAGAUAUUGGAGAGUGACGAGAAGCACUGGAUUCACCAGGAUAAGAGGCAGCCUGGCAUGGAAGAUGCUCCACAAAAUCCCUAUUUCGGCCACUCUCUAGAGAGGAGUUGGAUGGUAAUCUUCAAGUGCUCGGAGAUGAGACUUGUCGAGAGUUGUCCGAAAUUAGAUACUAGGAGGAAGCCUGGUGACCGGGAUGACGUUUGUCAGUGUCUUGAUAUAGGGUAGGGUGGUACUCGGUUUUGAUUCUAACAUUUUUCUGUGUGGGCUUCCUAUUUUUUCAUUACGCUGGUAGCGUUGUAAAUAACUUUCCGUCGUUUUUUUUGUUGGUGCUUGCUGGAUUUGUUUUACGUGGACGUGUUGGAGGUUUGGAUAUAGCCUAGUGGCUUCUCGAUUGGUCUUUCAAUGGUAACAGGCGCCUUUCCCUUCCGAUUUUCUGUUGCGCUGGCAGAAUGAGUUCGAGGGCAUUGUUGGCAAGGGUUAUAUUGAAUUCUCGUGA